CUUCUCCUUUCUGUUCUCCCGGCGUGCUUUGUUUAUUUAUUCUCUCUCUCUCUCUCUCUCUCUCUCUUCAUCUUGUUCUUUAUCGGCGUGACUCCUGAUCGACGUCAUCUGCACUAACCACUACUGUUUCUCACCGUCAAUUCAGUUCAUACUUGAACUACUGCAAAACACCCCACCAUCCAAUUGAUUGGAAUUGAAUUGAAUCACAGGACAGAACGAUAGACAAGAAAAGAUACUUCACAACCUGUGCUACAAUGCAAGGCCCUUUAUACAUCGGCUUCGACCUGUCCACCCAACAACUCAAAGGUCUAGUCGUCAAUUCCGAGCUGAAAGUCGUCCACAUCGCCAAAUUCGACUUCGAUGCCGACUCCCACGGCUUCCCCAUCAAAAAGGGUGUCAUCACAAAUGAAGCCGAGCACGAAGUCUACGCCCCAGUGGCAUUGUGGCUGCAGGCCCUCGACAGCGUCCUGGAGAGCCUGAAGAAGCAGGGCCUGGAUUUCGCCCGCGUGAAGGGCAUCAGCGGUGCCGGACAACAGCACGGAAGUGUUUACUGGGGACAGGAUGCGGAGCAGUUGCUCAACGGAUUGGACUCCGGAAAGACCCUGGAGAGCCAACUGAGCGGAGCCUUUUCUCACCCGUACAGCCCCAACUGGCAGGAUUCCAGCACACAGAAGGAAUGCGAUGAGUUCGAUGCCUUCCUAGGCGGCGCAGACAAGCUGGCCAAUGCUACGGGCAGCAAGGCGCAUCACAGAUUUACCGGGCCCCAAAUCCUCCGCUUCCAGCGCAAAUAUCCAGAAGUAUACCAAAACACCUCCCGAAUCUCCCUCGUCUCCUCGUUCCUCGCCUCCCUCUUCCUAGGCCGCAUCGCCCCCCUCGAUAUCUCCGACGUCUGCGGCAUGAACCUCUGGAAUAUCAAACAAGGCACCUACGACGAGGAACUCCUCACCCUCUGCGCCGGCCCCUCCGGCACCGCCGACCUGAAGCACAAACUCGGCGCCGUCCCCGAAGACGGCGGCAUAAACCUCGGCCGCAUCAACCGCUACUACAUCGACCGCUACGGCUUCAGCCCAGACUGCACCAUCAUCCCCGCCACAGGCGACAACCCGGCCACCAUCCUAGCCCUCCCCCUCCGCCCCUCCGAUGCAAUGGUCUCCCUCGGCACCUCCACCACCUUCCUCAUGUCCACCCCGAGCUACAAGCCUGACCCAGCCACCCACUUCUUCAACCACCCCACCACACCCAGCCUAUACAUGUUCAUGCUCUGCUACAAGAACGGCGGGCUCGCCCGCGAACACGUCCGCGAUGCCAUCAACGCCCACCUCGGCCAACCCAACGAUGACCCCUGGACCCACUUCGACAAAGCCGCUCUCGAAACAAACCCCCUGGGCCAAAAGAACGCCUCCGACCCCAUGAAAAUGGGUCUCUUCUUCCCCCGUCCGGAGAUCGUGCCCAAUAUCCGGGCCGGGCAGUGGCGCUUCGACUAUAACCCCGUCGAUGGGCGUCUGCACGAGACGCAGGGCGGAUGGGACUCGCCUGUUGACGAGGCGCGGGCUAUCGUCGAGAGCCAGUUGCUUUCAUUGCGGCUUCGCUCGCGCGGGUUGACGACUAGCCCCGGGGAGGGUGUUCCUGCGCAGCCGCGGCGUGUGUAUCUCGUCGGCGGUGGGUCGAAGAAUAAGGCCAUUGCGAAAGUGGCGGGGGAGAUUCUAGGUGGGAGUGACGGGGUGUAUAAGUUGGAGAUUGGGGAUAAUGCUUGUGCGUUGGGGGCGGCGUAUAAGGCUGUGUGGGCGUUGGAGAGGGGAGAUGGGCAAACAUUUGAGGAUUUGAUUGGGCAGCGGUGGAGGGAGGAGGAUUUUAUUGAGAAGAUUGCGGAUGGGUAUCAGAAGGGGGUGUUUGAGCGGUAUGGGGAGGCGGUGGAUGGGUUUGAGAAGAUGGAGAUGCAGGUUUUGAAGCAGGAGGGGGAGAAGAGGUGAAUUUUAUAUUAUUCGGGUGGUUAUAUAUAUAUAGAGAGAGAGAUGAAGUGACGGUCUGUUUACGAUAUGAUGUGAGGAUAUAUAUUACCUAUUAAUGGCCUUGAUGUGCUGUCUCUUUUUUUUGGGUUGUUGGAAAUGAAUUGGCUAGAACGUUAUAUAGCUAUGCUUGUGAUGAGAAAAUCAAAUGAUGUGAGAUCUAAUAAUGAUUUAUGUAUUCUUAGUGUCCUUCAUUUCUAUUGCUAACUAUCUUAUCUCAGAAACGUCCACAUCGUCUCUCAUGAAUAACCCGAAGUCUACAUACAAAAUGCAUCGCCUCC